CAGCUCACAAUCAACCUGUUAAGUGCAAAAGCACUUAAAUGUCUCUAUACAUUUAAAAGAAACCAAUUUCCAAAAUCAUUAUUUUAGUUUUAAAAAAAUCACAAAUCAUACAAAAUGGAUAAUUUAUUUAGUAUGUGGAAAGUUCGAGAAUUAGCGGAUAAAGUAACCAAUGUUGUUAUGAAUUAUACGGAAAUUGAAGCAAAAGUACGUGAAGCAACAAAUGAUGAAGCCUGGGGUCCGACUGGGCAACAAAUGCAAGAAUUGGCACAUGCAACAUUCACAUACGAACAAUUUCCAGAAGUGAUGUCAAUGCUUUGGAAACGAAUGUUACAAGAUAAUAAGCAACAUUGGAGGCGAACUUAUAAGGCAUUACUUUUACUAAACUAUUUGGUUCGAAAUGGUUCAGAACGAGUGGUCACAUCAUCUCGGGAACAUAUAUACGAUUUACGUUCGCUCGAAAAUUACACAUUUGUCGAUGAAUUUGGCAAGGAUCAAGGUAUCAAUGUUCGACAUAAAGUGCGAGACUUAAUUGAUUUUAUCCAAGACGAUGAUAAAUUACGUGAAGAACGUAAAAAAGCUAAAAAGAAUAAAGAUAAGUACAUUGGAAUGAGCUCUGAUGCAAUGGGUAUGCGUUUUGGUGGCACUACCGGGGGAUUUGAUGAAAAACCAACGUGGUUUAGUAGCACACAACGUGGACAGUUCUCAGACCGUGAUUGGGAUGGUGGGAAUAGCAAUAAUGAUAAUUACAAACAGAAAGAGCGUAGUUUCCAAGAUGAAUAUGAUGGUGAAAUUGAAGAUUCAGAUACCGAAACAAAUAAAAAUGGUAGUUUCACAACGAAUCGCAUUAAAGAUAAAACUGAUACUGGUAGUAUAUCAUCCACAGAUAAUAAAAAAGUGAAUAUUAAUUUAAAUUCAAAUGUAACGCGAGCUAGUGGAGCAUCGCCAUCAAAAACACCAGGAAAACCAAUUAAAAAAAUUGAUUUAGGAGCAGCGGCUACAUUUGGGCGUGGGACCAAUACACAUGAAACAAAUAUUACUUCAAUAAACAAUAACAGUAGCAAUUUACUAGAAGACGAUGAUUUAUUUAGUAAAUGCGCAAGUCCUGUUGUAGAUGAUUUUGAUCCACGUGCUGGUGAAACUACUCCAAACGAAUUUGGAGAUUUUACAGCAGCAUUUGGUACCGCACAACCCGCUUCAGAUGUACAAUCAUCAAUAAAUGAAGCAAAAGAUGAAUUUGCUGAUUUUUCAUCUGCAUUCAGUGGUAGUGCAAAUAAAGAUGAAUCUAGUAACAUCAAUUUAUUUGACUCAAUGCCUAAAUCCAAUGUAUCAACAACGCCUACAGCGAUAUCCAGUGGAGUAAAUAAUUCUGAUUUAUUAUCUGAUAUGUCUUCAGGAUUUGAUUCGCUUUCAUUACAACAACAGUCGAUUGGAAUAUCGAAUCAGAAUGUUUUGGCACAACCCACUAAUAAUUUAUUAGAUGAUGGAUUUAGCACCGGCCUUAUACAUCAAGCACCUAGUUUAGAACCAUUGCAGCCAAUGUCUUCCACAUUAAAUCCACAACAAAUAUCAACAGAAAAAUUUAAUGCAAAUGUACCAACAAAUACAAAUUUCACGUCCGUUGGCUCAACAUGGAAAGAUUUGAAUAUUAAUAUCGAUAAUUUAUCAUUAUCAAAUAAUCGUAACAAAAAUGCAAAUAGUCAAGCGCCAACAAUGAAUCAAUUGGCAACAAGUAAUCCAACAUCACCAAUAAAUCAACCUCGUUCAUUACCAACGUUUCAAGCACCAGUAAUAGCGCAACAACAAUUUAUGGGUGUUGGUGUACCACAACAACAAAAUAUUAUUCCUGGAUUGUAUCCAACAGGGUUUAAUCAAAUGCAACAAACACAGUUAAAUCAACAAAUGCAUUUUCAAGCAUUUAAAUGAUAUUCUGAUGUUUUU